UCUUCCAGCAAGACGAUGCGACAUGUCACACGGCUAGAAAUGUUUGAUAUUGGUUGGAAGAGCAUCACCAAGAUUUCCAAGUACUACCCUGGUCCCCUGAUACCCCAGACAUCUAUAUGAGCACAGAAUCCACCAUCUAUAGGUUGAGAGGUUUACGUACCUCCUGCUUCUCAUCUCUUGAACGAAUGUCUCUCACCAUGGCUAAGAGGGAGACGGGCAGCACCAGCCCUGUGGUGCGACAGAUAGACAAACAGUUCCUGGUCUGCAGCAUUUGUUUAGAGCACUACCACAAUCCCAAGGUCCUGCCCUGUCUACACACCUUCUGUGAAAGAUGCCUGCAGAACUACAUCCCGCCACAGUCCCUCACCCUGUCCUGCCCGGUGUGCAGACAGACGUCCAUACUCCCCGAGAAGGGCGUAGCAGCGCUCCAGAAUAACUUCUUCAUCACUAACCUGAUGGAGGUGCUGCAGAGGGAAGCGGAGUGCUCUCAACCCGAGGAGCGCAGCGCCCUGGAGUCCGCCAGCGCCGCCGGCACCGCCCAGCCCCUUUCCUGCCCCAACCACGAGGGCAAAGUGAUGGAGUUUUACUGCGAGUCCUGUGAAACGGCCAUGUGUUUGGAGUGCACAGAGGGAGAACACCGUGAACACACCACUGUUCCUCUACACGACGUUCUGGAGCAGCACAAAGCCGCGCUCAAGAACCAACUGGACGCUAUUAGCAACAGACUUCCUCAGCUGACAGCGGCCAUUGACGCGGUGAACGAGAUUUCCAGACAGUUGGCCGAGAGGAAGUGCGAGGCCGUAACUGAGAUCAGCAGCACGUUUGAGGAGCUGGAGAAAGCACUGCACCAGCGCAAGAACGCCCUCGUUACUGACGUAGAGAACAUCUGCAAUACCAAGCAGAAGGUUCUUCAGGCGCAGCUGGCGACUCUGCUGCAGGGGAAGGAGAACAUCGAGAGCAGCUGCACUUUUACCGAGCAGGCUCUGAACCACGGCAGCGCCACCGAGGUCCUUCUGGUACAGAAGCAGAUGGGCGAGCGGGUGGCGGCACUCGCGCGCCACGCUUACCCCGAUCAGCCGCAUGAGAACGGGCACCUGGAGUGCCAGGUCGAGACCGAGGGCCUCCGACGGUCCAUCCAGAACCUGGGGGUCCUCAUCACGACGAGCGCCGUGGGUCACACCAGCGUGGCUACAGGAGAGGGGCUCCGACACGCUGUGGUGGGGCAACACACCACUGUUACCGUGACUACCAAGGACAAGGCGGGCGAGCUGGUCAAGUCGGGCAGCGCCGCUCUCAAGGCUCAGAUCUCCGGACCCGACGGCUCGGUCACCCGCGCCGAAGUGACCGACAACAAGAACGGCACGUACGAGGUGGGCUACACGCUACCCGGCGAGGGCGAGUUCUCCUUCUCCCUGCUGCUCUACGGUCAGGCCAUAAGGGGCAGCCCGUUCCGCCUGCGCGCCAUCAAAGUCAGCGAUGCGCCGCACUCCCCCGAGGACGUCAAGAGGCGAGUGAAGUCUCCCGCGGGGGGAGGAGGGGGUCACAUACGCCAGAAAGCGCUGCGCCGGCCCUCCAGCAUGUACAGCACCACGAAGAAGAAGGAGAACCCCAUCGAGGAUGAACUUAUCUUCCGAGUGGGGACCAGAGGGCGAGAGCGGGGAGAGUUCUCCAACCUGCAGGGCAUCUCCACCUCCGCCAACGGACGCAUAGUGGUAGCCGACAGCAACAACCAGUGUAUACAGGUUUUCUCCAACGAUGGUCAGUUUAAGCUCCGCUUUGGGGUGAGAGGUCGCUCCCCAGGGCAGCUGCAGCGCCCCACCGGCGUGACCGUGGACAUGAACGGGGACAUCAUAGUGGCCGACUAUGAUAACAGAUGGAUCACCAUUUUCUCCUCCGACGGCAAAUUUAAAAGUAAAAUCGGAGCAGGGAAGCUGAUGGGACCUAAAGGUGUAGCCGUAGAUAAAAACGGUCACAUCAUCGCUGCAGAUAACAAAGCCUGCUGCGUCUUCAUCUUCCAGUCUAAUGGCAAACUGGUGACCAAAUUUGGAGCCAAAGGAACAUCAGACAGACAGUUUGCAGAUAAAAUCACCGCGAGCACUCCGACAGAGCCGAAGCUCACGAAGUCGGGUCCUUCUUUCAGUCCUCAUUUUGUGACGGUGAACAACAAGAAUGAAAUCAUCGUAACAGAUUUCCAUAAUCAUUCUGUGAAGGUCUAUAAUGCCGAUGGCGAAUUCCUGUUUAAGUUUGGUUCACACGGAGAAGGAAACGGUCAGUUUAAUGCCCCCACAGGGGUGGCAGUGGACAGUAAUGGAAACAUCAUUGUUGCAGAUUGGGGGAACAGCAGGAUACAGGUGUUUGACAGCUCGGGCUCGUUCCUCUCAUACAUCAACACUUCGGCGGACCCUCUGUAUGGCCCUCAGGGUCUGGCGCUCACCUCCGAUGGGCACGUUGCCGUGGCGGACGCGGGGAACCACUGCUUCAAAGUGUACCGCUACCUGCAGUAGCUUCUCAACACAUGAAGGAUCAUCCAAAGCAAACGUAAUGUUCAGGUGCCCCACCCAAAAGCUCCCAUGCCAAGUAAAUUAUAUACAAAUUCA